CCACGUGAAAUGCAUCGACAAAUUUUACACUGUGUAGUACCUUCAGUCUGUGAAUGCUCUAGGACGGUAAGUGUGGGUGCUGAGCAUUUCUCACAUGAAGAGAUCUGCGUUUCUAAGAGGUUUUUGCAAUUGGAAAUCAUUUUUCGAACUGCAAGCUGUCUUGUUGAGGAGAAGUGCUUCGCGCAGAUAUCGACAUGAAAUUAGCCCAGACGACGAAGGACACAGAUGAAAAGGAGAAGAAUCGGAACAUGACGGUUGAUAGAAAGUUUUCGUUCGAAAACGAUAGCCAUCUUCGAACAGUCUUCGAUGCUCUCAACGAACAACGGAGCAGCACGCGCUUUUGUGAUGCAGUGUUGAAGGUUGGCGAACGAGAGAUUAGGGCCCAUCGAUCUAUUUUGGUUGCAGCAAUACCUAAAAUCUUCGAAGGACAAGUCAAGAAAGGUGAUCCCGAGUUUACAGUCGAUUUGGAAGGCUUAGAUCCAAAUGCUGUGGAAGUUUUGGUGGAAUUUGUCUACACAGGCAAGCUCCUUGUCGCUUCAGACGGCGUUCUGAACUUAUUCCAAGCCGCCAAAACUCUAGGCAUGAAACAAGUCCAGGACUCGUGCGAGAAGUUCAUUCUCGAGAAGAUUGUUCCACUGGAUUGGAUUUCUUUGAGAUCGUUCGCGGAGAGAAACGACUGCCCGAAUCUGAAGACAGCAAUCGACGAAUUUAUAGCGCAUAACGUUGAGGACAUCUUCCACAAGAAGGACUUUUUCCAGUUACCUCGGCUGCAGAUCGAACUUGCAACUACAAAUAACAGACAGGAAGAGAAUAUCGGUGCAGAAAAUCUUUGCCAAAUGGCCUUAACGUGGGCACAGAAGCAGCUAGAGCAAGGAAAUUUCAGCUUGAGAGAACUACUGGAGAAAACCCACAUAAUGUUCCUAACUGCUAAUGAUGAAUUGAAAGAGUGCACCAUGGAAGAUCUUGAUUCUGAAGAUGAAAAAUCCAAGCUCAUUAUCACAGAAGCUCAGCGUGAAUACAUCCGGUACACCUCAGUUGAACAGCUUGCUAAAGCUGAGGCAAGCACCAGUGAAGACGAAGAGGAAUUAACUGUUUUGAUAGAAAACAACAAGAGAAAAAGAAUUGCCCAUAUAAUUCAGGAUUUCAAGGUGAUUGGUGCUGUUCAAACCAGUGACAGUGGCUGUGUGGGUGUUGCUCGGGUGGGAGAGAUGCUGGUAGCCUUAUCCAUUCAUAGUCAAGCUCCAACAUGUGCCAACAUGUCAGACUCUGGUGACUCCUCUUCCUCCGGAGAAGAAUGGGUGCUCAUAGCCCCAAUGAGUAGAGGUCGCUGUAGUGUGGGUGCAGUGGAACUUAAUGGAAAGCUGUAUGCCAUUGGUGGUUAUGAUAGGGGCGACUGUCUAAACACUGUGGAACAGUAUGAUUGUGAGACAAAUGAGUGGAUGCCUGUCACCAGCAUGAACUUACAUAGGGGACGGCUGGAGUCAGCAGUGGUGAACGGAAAGAUAUUUGCUAUUGGAGGCUCUAAUGGACACACUGAACUCAACACCAUGGAAACUUAUGAUGAAACCUCCAACAUUUGGAGCUUUGGACCACCCAUGAUACAAAGCCGAUGUAGUUUUGGAACAGGAGUCAUUGAUGGACGCAUUUAUGCAGCUGGGGGCUACCAGGGUCCCAGAAACCUGAAAAGUGUUGAAGUUUAUUGUCCAGAGAAAGGAGAGUGGACAAGAGUGGCCCCAAUGAACACGGAGAGAAACAACCUCUGUGUGGAAGCCUUGAAUGGGAAGCUGUAUGCAAUUGGGGGGUAUAAUGGAUGGAGUUGUUUCAAUUCUGUGGAGUGCUAUGACCCUGAAGAGGAUCGUUGGUAUUUGGUUCCACCCAUGAAGACUGCCCGUCGAGGGGCUGGUGCAGCAGCACUUCAUGGUAAAUUGUAUGUGAUUGGUGGGUCUGAUGGCACCAAUUUCCUCAACAGUGUCGAGUGCUAUGACGCCUCCACAAAUGAGUGGAAAACAGUGGCUAGUUUGAACAUUCCCCGCCAUAAUGUUGGAACUGUGGUCAUUAAAGACCACAUCUACACAGUUGGUGGUUUUGGUGGCACUUCAUUCCUGAAGAGCAUUGAAUGCUAUGAUGUGAAAAAUGACAAAUGGAACUGUUUUAUUAAUUCUGAUUGAGAGACCACUUCACUCAGAAACUGUGGCAACUAUGUUAAUUUGGUUACAUUUACAUUACAAGGCUAAAGAAUUGAACUUCAAUUUUACCUCUGAAAGGAUAUUGAUUUAGUUUGUCACAGUAUUUGUAUUUGAGCUUCUUGGAUAUAUUUUGGAUAGAUAUUAGUUUGAUAUUACUUCAUUGAUUUAUUAGAAGUGGAUUUUAUAAGAUUUUGUAGUUUAGAGAUGAUCAACCGAGUUAGGUAGAUGACUUCCACAAAAGUACAAACCAUGAGCGAUGCACAUAUGUACUCUCCAAUUAACAGCGCUACUUUUUUAGACCUUUUUUAUCAUCAUGCCUCUAGUACACCCUCAUAGGCAAUUUGGUGAAUGCUCCUGACAAUAAUUUUUGUUUGAUGUGGGUGAAGUGACUUGUUUUCAGACACUUUAGAAUUGGCUCAGUAACUGAACUUAACAGAGAUUUUACAUUUAGCCCAGAAAAUAUUGUAGAAAUGUGAAAACUGGGCUGACUUGUUCAAACCUGUGUUAAGAUAAGUCAGGGAUGCUUUUAAGAGAACAGAGGAAGUUAUCAGAAAGAGGCUAAGGAAUAAAGAAACCCAGAUUUGAACUUAACCCUGGGUUAGCACUAAUUAGCUUUUGAACAAUGGGCCUGGGACUUUAUAUUCAAAUGUGAAUUGAAGACAAACAAGCUCAGCAUAACUUUAAAUGUGAGCUUUAGUUCUUGAUUUGUACCUUUUGUGGUAAGAUCCUUGGAGCGGUGUAGAAUGUCACAGGAGAUUCCCAUUAUUAAACCUCGGCGAUUUCCGGUUACCAAAAUGGAGGUUUUGUUCAAAAACAGCCUCUAGAGUUUAGUAAUUAAUAAAGGAAUAUAAUUAUAAUUUAUUUGUCAGGGAACCUUCCAACAGAAAUUCGUGAUUUCAUUGUUAGUUACAUUUAAGGUUUUUAGUUAUUUGACGGUAGUUUUCCAUUAGUUGCCCUCUUAAAAUUUUCUCACCAAUCAAAGAUAAUUUAUUGCAGUAUGAGUGCUUCUGAUUUUUCAAGUUGUGAGUCUUUCUGAUUUUUCAAGUUGUGUGUUUUAAAAUGAGAGAUAAUAAGAGUUAUUUAGAAUUAUGAACAUGGCUUUUAGUUGACAAAUUUUGAAAUGCACAUUUUAAAUUUAAUUUUCAUGUGCAAUGUCUUGUUUAUUUCUGUGCUUAACUCUUAAAUCGCAUGAAUGAUCAAGACAGAAGUUCUCCAAAGUAACAUCAUAAAAAUUGUAUGGCAGAAAGUAAGGAGAAUUACUGAUAAAAUCUUGUGAGUGAAAGGGUUAUAAAAAAAAUAAGCUUUUAAGGGAGCAGUUGAAUUUUGCAAGUUUCAAGAAGCAAUUAGUUGUGUGGUUUGUUUAGCUUGCUUUAGCUCAAUCAUGCUAUCUUGAAGGUGGAUGGAGAAAUAAGCCCCCUAGUUUACUACAUUUAAUAUUUAUUGACUCAUUGCCCUAGAGGCUGUGAGUCUUGAGGACAAAGUGUUGAAGAGCUGGAGUGAUUGCUGAAAAAAUUUUAUUUGAAGACUUGUUAAGGAAAUGUGAGACUAUUUAAAUAAGAGUGGAAAAAAACCCUUGCACAGUUGCCAGAACGUUUUUUAACGUAUUAACAUGUAAGGACUUGUUUAAGAUACUAGUCUGUUUUAGGCGAGUGUGAAUAAAUCUUUUUUUUAUUUACUUGUUUAUGUCCAAUAGUGAAAUCACUACUGACUAAAUGUGAGUAUAAUACAAAGAGUGAAAUGCAUCAUAA